UUCUGUUAUUUAUUUUUCCUUUUCAAAAUCUCUCUUGAAUUUAUUGUGCAUUUCUCAUCUUCAACAGAAUAGUAUCAUUGACAACCAGUUAUAUGGUUCUCAUAGUUAGGAGAUGCAAGGUGAAUUGAGUUUACUUUGUUGUCAAAAUGGUUUAUCAUUUAAUUGUCGUGAUUGGGCUGUAACACCCAAUCCUCCUAGGGUUAUGAAUAACAUCAUUUUUUAAAAAUAGAGGGACCAUUAUGCUACUAACCUUGCCUUUAGAAACUUUUCUUCUUAAUGAAGCGCCGGGUACAAAGGAUUCCAUAAAAUAAACAAAGUCAUUAUUUUUUAAAACAUUGAAAAUAUAAAAGAGAGUCUGCGGAAACACUUAUUAAAAAUCAAUCAAGUCUCGUGCUUAACAAAAUAACUUCUUAAACUGAAGAUCAUAAAACUAAGCAGGUCAUAACUGUCUAGGGCCUCUGCCUCGCCUACCUGAGCCAAGUCUUGUUCUGCAGCUCCAUCCCCUUAAAGAUAUUUACUUGGGGUGGUUAAAACAUAAAAAACAUACAAAAAUGAGUCGACUACUCCAUAAGCAACAUAUCAUACAGUAAACAUAGGUUUUCUUGGAAAACAUGCAUAAUCAUAGUUACAUAUGUAAAUAACAUGAACAUAAAUCUGAACUUUACAUAAAAUGCCUUAACUUGUCUUUCACUUGUGUUCAUUGGCCGAUAUCCACUGUUGACCCCAGUGAGUUAGGGUUAGCAAAUCUUGAAGAUCUUGAUUCUGCUCAUGGCUAUGGGUUGGAAAUCCAUACAUAAGGAUGACAACACUAGGUGCACUACUAGCGCGUCUAUCCUAGCAAUGCAAUGUGCCCCUUAAAUUCAUGCUACCAUCUUCACUAUCAUAACAUAGGCCAUAUGUAUCUUAACAGUCAUACCUCAUCAUGUUUAUAUGUGCAUACUUUCUUCUCAUAUCUGAAUCGAGAGGUGCAUGACGUGGAGCAAGGUUGUAGCGGUUGACGUGAAUUGGGGCUGGCCGCGGCUGGAGGAGGGUGCACCCCUACAUGUCAGGCUGCUGUUUCCUCUUCCGUGUGCGUGCUUCCAUAAGAGUGACUUGAAGCUGGACGACUCGGUUGCUUCUAGCAGAGGCUUGCAGUGGUCUCACAGUGGGUUAGCUCAGUGCACUCAGCGGCUGGUAGCGUGCUUCGUGUGAUGCAGUGGGGUGUGGGAUGUUGUUUGCCAUGAUGGUUUCUGCCCGUGGCUCGUUGUGGUGUAAUUUUUGACCUUGUUGCAGCAACUACGUUAGGCAAGAAUGGCUUACAGUGGCUCUGCUGCCUGUUCAAGGCUGGGCUACGGUGGUAGCACAAUGAAUAGCUGAGGAGUAGUGGUUUAUGGUUGAGGAACGGAGGGACUAUGGGCUUACAGGUUGCUUGCUACGCAUGGAGGAGUUGUUUCCGAUGGGUAGCACUUGGCCUAGAGGUGGGACUGGCUGAGCUGCCAUGCGUGGGAUCCCAUGGAGGCAGCUUGCUGAAAGAAAAUAGAGGGCUGCUGUAACCCUAGGGCUUGAAGGAGGCAAUGAGUGUGGACAUCAAUUCCCAUGUUUCAGAUAGUUAACCGCAUGUCUCUAUGAGACGAAAGUAAUAAGAAUUUACAGAAAGCUAUGUUCAAGUACUCAACUAUGAUGGAAGACACCAUUGAAUGUUAGCAUUGAGGCUCUUCUCGAAUUUCCCAAAAGAGAAGAACUCCUGGAAGACCCUGAUAACAUCAUCCUUAACCCCCUCCCAACAAUGCUGAAUGAACGUCAUAGUAAAACCAUUUGGGUCUAGUGAUUUGUCUCUAGUCAUCCUUCUAACUACUUGAUGAACGUCUUUCUCAUUGAAUGGCCUCUCCAACAAAGCAACACUUGGUUGGUCAAUUGCCUCAAACGAUAGACCAUGAAAGUUUUGGCCUCCAUGUGUACUUUUCAAAAAGCAACUAUUCAUAGUACUAGACAAUAUGAAUAUUUUGAGUGCUUCCCAAAUCCACAUGAUUAUAACAUCACACUGGUUUUUCUUGAAGAGACAAUCUCUCCAUGAAUCACUCCAAUCUCCACAAAUUGCUCUGUUUUUCUGUUUUCCAUGAUUCUUGCUGUACAUAACCAUUAGACUAGCUAUACUUUCCAUGUAUGCUUGCUAUGGUUUCCAUGUAUGCUUCUCAAACAGCUGCCAACACAACUGUACAUACCUUCUGUAAAUUCUAUAUACAAGCCAGGAGAGGUGUGGGCUAUUCACAUUUACAUGGUAUCAAGAGCCACUUGAGGUUUCAGUCAAAAUGGCUUCCUCUUCAACCUCCUCGAUUUCUCCUGUGGACAAACUGUCCUCUCUUGAUUUGUUUUCCACAAAAACCAAUCUGCCCGACAUUUUUAUCAAAUUAGCUUCUACCAACUACCUUCUUUGGAAAGCUUAAGUGUUCUUCGAGGACACGGUCUCCUCGGCUAUGUUACAAACAAGUGCCUUGUCCUCCCACCACCAUUCUCGGCGAAAAUGGUGUAUGGAAUCCGAACCCGACAGCAGUAACAUGGUUGCAUCUUGUUUGUUGAUUCUCAGAUGGAUCAACAAUUUUCGGACAUUCCUCUUUCUCAAGUGAUAAAUUGUGAAACGGCACGUGGUGCAUGGGAGGCACUUGAAACUCUAUAUGGUCGACAUACAAGAGAUCGUGUUCAGCAGAUGUGUGGUGAGUUAUAGGCACUCACCAAAGGCUCCUCUUCUAUGGAAGAAUAUCUGCACAAGGCCAAAGCUUUGGCCCUUUCUCUAUGUGGUGUUGGGACCCGAAUUUGAUCCCAUUGUGGCUGCCAUUAACUCUAGAGACACAUUUCCACUUCUUGAAAAUGUCAUUAGCAAAAUGAGAGAUUUUGACCUUCGCAUCUCCUCAUCCCGUGGCUCUGGAAAUUCUGCUAUCGCCCUCAAUACCACUCGUACGUUUGGUUCUAAACCACUCUUACCUUUGCAAAUUGUGCUUGUGGGAGUGGCAAGCCUCACGACAGGCCUUCUGCUGGACGUGGCCAGCAGCCUCAAACUUGUGGUAGCAGUAGCCAUGGCUCUACUCGUGGUGGACAAGUUUCACGCAUCAUUUGUUUUCAGUGUGGUGGUCCAAAUCAUAAAGUGGAAAAUUGUUGUGCUUCUGAUGAGGAAGCGGACCAAUACCAGGCAUUUCUUGCAGUUCAAGCCGACAACACUAUUGAUGAAACAGGGUACCCAUACAUGGGUGCCAACCAACAUAUGGCUCCCACUUAAACUGAGGCACAAGGAUCUGAGGAAGAACCAAGUACUACGUAAAGGGCUUGUGGAGGACUGAUUAUACCCCUUGCAUUCCAAGUCUCCCAUUGCAUCUCUUGUUAAUUUUGUGGCAAAUAAAGUGUUUGGGCAUCUAUGGUAUGCUCGACUCGGGCACCCAAAUAUUCAGGUCCUUCAACCUUGGUUGCAAUUUCUUCCCACUUUGAAUAAAAAUGUUGUGUUUUGUGAAAGUUGCAUUUUAGGAAAGUCAACCAAAUUACCUUUCCAUGCUUGCAACUCUCAUGUUUCAUCAUUUCUUCACACAAUACACAUGGAUGUAUGGGGCCCUGUGCCUAUUACCUCUUUUGAUGGCUUCCCUUUUUAUUUGGUAAUUGUUGAUGAGUACUCACACUAUAUUUGGUUAUUUCCUUUGGCUAGAAAAUUGGAUGUCAUUUCCAUCUUUCCCAACUUUCUUACAUUGAUGGAAAAUCAAUUUCAUACUCGCGUCAAAAUUGUUCAAAGUGAUGGGGUGGGGAAAUCGUAAAUCAAACACUAAAAAAUUAUUUUCUUUCUCAAGGCAUUGUUAAUCAAUUGUCUUGUUCUGGAACUUCGGAACAAAAUGGUUUUGUAGAGAGGCGUCAUCACCACAUUGUUGAUACUGCUCUAACCUUAAUGGCCCAUUCAUCGCUUUUCAAAUUGUCGUUUUCCUCAUAAAUCUUUUGCCCACUCCCACCCUUAAUGGUCAAUCUCCAUCUGAGUUGGCUUUUCACUCUCCUCCUUACACUUUUUUUAAAGUGUUUGGGUGUGCUUGUUACCCAAAUCUUAUUCCCUUUGGUCAUUCCAAACUCGAUUUUAAAUCCACUUCAUGUGUAUUCAUUGGUUAUUCUCCCCAUCACAAAGGUUAUAGAUGCAUGGAUUUGGCCACUGGCAGGGUGUAUAUAUCCCGACACAUUUUUAAUGAAGAAAGUUUCCCUUUUUCUUCUUCUCCGCAAUUGCAUCCUCCAGAAAAUUCUUCAUGGUUCAAGCCUCGACCUCUACCUAAGAGCCUUUUACAUGAGCCCUGAAACUCCAUGCCUACUAGUGCUCACUCCACUCACCACUCUCCCAGUGUUGCAUCAUCAUCCACCAUGGCCCCCAACUCUGUUCCUACAGAUUCGAUUGAUUUAAAAUCAGCACUUGCGGCUCCAACCUCUGCCUCAACGCUGGUUUUAGAUGUUCCUUCCCCUCCACAUGGCAAUGAUCCAAUUCGGACUCACGCCAUGGUGACCCGAUCACAAGAUGGCACACGGAAGCCUCGCAUAUUUUUUUCUACAAGACACCCUUUACCUGCUUGUUUUCUUGCAAAUUUGGCAGCAACCCCAACCGAGCCUAAGACAUAUAAGACGGCUUUGAAGGACCCCAAAUGGUAGCAAACCAUGCGAUCCGAGAUCAAUGCUCUCCAUGAAAAUCAAACUUGGAUACUUGUGCCUCCUUCACCGAACAUGAAUCUUGUCACUAGCAAAUGGGUUUUCAAAAUUAAAACCCGUGUCGACAAUUGUAUUGAACGAUACAAGGCUCACCUUGUGGCACUUCACUCAA